AUGGUAACGAUGAAUGUCACAUUAGCUCCAGAUUUGUCCGCCGACCACCUCAUUGACUUUGAAAGUUGGUUCAGUGUCCCUGCUGAUAAUGACUGUUGGCCGGAUCUCACGUGCUACGACCAGGACUUCUCCGUGUUAGAUAUUGUUGGGCCAUCGGUCACGGAAGGGUCGAUGCAGAAGUCUUGGGAUACCCAGAAGCGCAAUGCCUCUCUACCACAGCCGAACAUUACAGAGGUGUACAGACGUAAUCAGGUCCCAGAAAUUGACAAAGAUGCCGUCGAACCAAGACAUUACGACCCAGCCCGCGCGGAAGAUGACGCCCAGCUGAUCUUCCCGGAUAUGACUGUUAUUCCUCGUGAGGAUAUUGAGGCAGAGAAUCUCGCUCAUGUUGAAGAGGUCUCAGCUGAAGUGACAAGCAUUGUGUUUGAACUUGCCAAUGACAUGCAACUCAAGUCCAACUACCCACAAUUCAUUGAAUUAAGAAUCCCGCCGGCACCUGUGCUAAAUGCUUGGGUUCAGCUAUAUUUUGAACAUUUUCAUCCUAUGUUCCCUGUCCUACAUAAGCCCACCUUCUCUACUUCUGGAUCGAACCCUUUUCUAGUCCUCGCGGUUGCCGCUAUCGGUGCUCACUUUUCAGACAUACAAGGCGCACAACCAUGCCUCAGAGCGAUGCAUGAGCUAAUACGCCGCUAUACAUCCUAUACAGUGAGAGUCACCGUCCCGUCUAGGAGCUCGGAUGAUACUGAUAGGCGAUGGAAAGUGUGA